AUGAUAAGACCAGUACAAGCUCGUGGGAAACAGAAUAUGUCUUACUGGAUAUCAGAACCAGAAGCGCAAUUAGGGAAACAGGCAUGUGUCCCAGGUGUCAAGAAUCAAGAUGAAGCAAUAAUUCUCAAGUCAACCAAUCACGAACGAUCACGUGGAAAUCCAGAAAGGCUAUUGGACUAUCGACUAUAUAAAGCUAAGUACGCUGGGCGUUAUCAAACAGUGUUUGGCUGGCAUCAGAAAUGCUUUCAUCUGCUCAGGUUAACGGGAAAUGGGAUGAAUAUCUUAACAUACGAAUCCAUAUACGCGUUACUUUUCUUUUGUGUUGUGGGAAAUUGUGUGGUGACUAAAUGGACGCAAUCCAGACAUAAUCUAAAUAUAUCAUGGCCUAUUAAGAGAGUUGCGGAGAUAGAAGGUGACAUAGUGUUAGGGGGAUUGAUGAUGGUGCACGAGAGAGAAGAUUUAUUAACGUGUGGCCCCAUUAUGCCCCAAGGAGGAAUUCAGGCGUUGGAGUGCAUGCUUUACACCAUCGAUUGGGUGAAUAGUCAGAAAGAUUUCCUACCUAAUAUCACUCUGGGAGCUUACGUGCUUGACGACUGUGAUAAAGAUACUUAUGGACUAGAACAGGCUGUCGAUUUUAUUAAAGUUCUAAAAAUGCCUUUACAAUUUUUAUCGAAAUUAUAUUUUAAAGAAAAUUUUCGGGUAAGCUGAGCUUGAAUUUAAUGGAGUCAGAAAGGAAAUUCCUUUAAAGAAGCAGA